AUGCAGGCCCCGCACAAAGAACACCUGUACAAGCUUCUGGUGAUAGGCGACCUGGGAGUGGGUAAGACCAGCAUCAUCAAACGCUACGUACACCAGAACUUCUCCUCUCACUAUCGGGCCACCAUCGGCGUGGACUUCGCGCUCAAGGUGCUACACUGGGACCCAGAGACCGUGGUGCGCCUGCAGCUGUGGGACAUCGCAGGUCAAGAAAGAUUUGGAAACAUGACAAGGGUCUAUUACCGAGAAGCUAUGGGUGCAUUUGUUGUCUUCGAUGUCACCAGGCCAGCCACUUUUGAAGCAGUGACAAAGUGGAAAAGUGAUUUGGACUCAAAGUUAACUCUCCCUAAUGGCAAACCAGUUUCAGCAGUUCUGUUGGCCAACAAAUGUGAUCAGGGGAAAGAUGUGCUCAUGAACAAUGGCCUCAAGAUGGACCAGUUCUGCAAGGAGCAUGGUUUCGUAGGAUGGUUUGAAACAUCAGCAAAG